GUAGAAACAAAAAAAUGAAACCUAAUGCUGAAAAUAAUGGAACUCUGAUGAAUGUGAUAUAUAUUUUAUUGAUCUUUUCUGGGAGGGGAAUAUGAGUAUAUGUGUACAAACUUAUGUAUGUUUUAAUUUUCAAUCUCAGGUUCCGAUGGACCAAAUAAAUUUUUUUAAAUUAAAUCAACAUUUGUCUAUAUUACGGACAUAAUGGGGUUUUUUCAGCACACAAAUUUUAAUACUAUAGUAGUUAGCAGAGAUGGAACCAAGGCAUUAUUUUAUAUAUCACAAGUCUUCACACCCAAGUCCUAAACUUUCAGUUUUGAGUCCUCAUAAUGCUUCAGAAGUGUCAUUUUAACAAUGGUGAUAAAUGAUGACAUUUUCAAGCUUUUUAAAUAAUAGACUUCAUUUUUUGGAUUUGGGAAAGGUAACAAGUAUUUUAAAGUCAAAAGGCUCAAGUCCAAGUGAAGUCAUAAGUCAGUGGUGUUUAAGUCCAGCUUGAGUUGUGAUUUUAUUUUGUCAAAUCGAGUCUAAAGACUUAAAAUGUGUAAGUCAAGUCUGACUUGAGUCAAAGUCAUGUUUGGUAGAAAGUAAAAGGCUUUCUCAGGCCACCUGGUAGAAUCAUGAGAGAGCAGAUAUCGGUUGAGAUUCUUUUUCCAGUUCAGGCUUUUGUUUUCGAGGAAUAAGAGGAAAUCAAAGCUUUCAAGCUGCAAAUAUUUAAGAGAAAAAAACAGUCUGAUGAAAGGAUGAUGUAUUUACAUAUCAGAAAUGUUUUCCACUUACAUGUACACUUGUUUACCACACUAUUAUUGAUUCCACACAUCCACUCUGUGAUGUGUUUGCUAUCGUCGGUUCCUCUGUGCUCUUCAUUUCCUGCCCUGUGAUGUGUCUCUUCUCAUCUCUGAACUCUCUCCUCUCAGAAGACUGAGUGCAUCUUUCGCAGGAUGUUUCGAGUGGAAUACAUCUCUCUGGUAUCUUGUGUUAAUGUGCUGUUUGAGUCUCUUCUCCCAAACAGCCCCAAACUUCUCCCUUUCCACUCCUCUCUUCUUUUGCCCCCAUCUCUCUCUUAGGCAAAGCCAUCCAACUCCCUCUCCCUCUCAGCAGCCACCCCUCCCUCCCUCCCUCCUUCCUGACCUCAGAUGCCAGGAGCACUUGAUAGUCCCCAACCCGCCCCAAGCUAUUUCCCCAAAUUUGGCUCUGUGGUGGAGAGUUUAUCUGGCCCCGGCAGAGCCACAGAAACACCGUGAAGCCUCCAUGAGGUUGUGACAUUCAGCACAAGGAGCCAUCAGUCCUUUACUUCCACCAAGAAAACUCACCUGGAAGUCACUCAUCUGAAACCAAAGUUGGAAAUUAAAGGCCAGAACAUGGCAUCCCAGAUCCCCGCACUCCAACAGCCGGACGCUCCAAGGACUGACAGUGUCUUUUCUGUCCUGUCCGGCUUUUACUCUCUGGACUCUGGUGUUCCUGGGCUCUCUCAGGUCAUUCUCAACAAGCUCAACAUGAAGGACUACGGAGAAUACAGGGCUGCUGUUGAGGGAAAGGUUAAAGGAGUCUCGUUCCGCAACUACAAGGAGAUGUUCAAGAAGAUGGAGGAGACCUUCGAGUUCUGCGCCAGCUGCCACAAACUCCCAGCUAAUCUCACCGAGGGUCAGACCCUGAAGCGUUGUGUGAAGUGCUUGAAUGUGUACUACUGCACCAAGGAUUGUCAGAGAAAGGACUGGCCUCAGCAUAAAAAGGUCUGCAAGAAGCUGCGCCUAGUGGCCAUUGACAGACUAGUGGAGUGGCUGAUGUUCACUGGAGACCUCCCAUUCCCCACUGAGAAAUGGUCCAAGUCAGCUGCUGAGGUGAAGAAUUGGGAUGACUGGCUUCCCAUGCAAGGAGACCUCACACCAAGUCUUGACGCAAUUUUAACUGGUGCCAACAUGACAACCCUUUGGAAGAACGCCAGCAGGCAGAGGCCAGAUGACUCUGACCUGCAACAAUCUUUAUGGCGGAUUCAGAGCGAGUUCCUCUCUCGAGUUCUCACAGUUGGGAUGGCCGUGCAACACUUUGGCCUCAACCCGCAUGCUAAACCUCUCACUAUUCACUUAGCGGGGGCAUCACAUAAUGAGACAAUGGGAGCCAGACUGACAGACUAUGACGAGCUGAACAAAAUGUUCCCUGGACACCAGGGCAUAGAGGUAGUCAUGGUGGGACCAGAGGUGGUGGACGGACCCAUCAUGAGGCCUCCUCUCAAGGCGUUCGGCCCCAGGCAGAGGGUCUUCAUCAGUGCCUACAAGGGCCUGUAUCACCAGUUCUGGGAGGAGCUGGUGGAGCAAGAGGAAGCAGCCAAGCCAGAUUUGGUGGUUGGAUUUCAUCCUGGUUUCCAUGCUAACCAGGGUCUGGUAGAGGGUUGGCUGCCCACACUUCUGCUGCUCAGAGAUUAUAACAUCCCUUCCUUCUUCACUAUGUACAGCGAGAUGGAGCUCAAGUGCUCACUUCAGAUCCUGUUGGAGUUGGAGAUGCACAUCAGGGACAGCGGAGCCAAUCCGUUCACCUCACAGAAACCAGAGCAGGUCCAGUCGUGCCCCAACAAAACCCCGGUCUACUGCAACUCUCAUUACAUCUGUUUCCAGGGACUGCAGCCUCAAGCAGAGGACUUUGGGUCAGACAAUUAAGACCCCAUUAUGUGGAAAAUCAAAGCCUGUUUGGGGUGCCACAAGUCCUCCCCUUUAAAGAAAUGGUUUUCAAAUUAGGAUUUUGGGAUUUUCCUGGGGUCUUUGGGUGCCUUUCUGCAGCUCGUUAGAGGUGGACAUUGCUCAGCUGUGCUGCCACAGAACAUUAAAUGAGAAAAACACACUCUCACUGCAGCAAUCGUGCACAAAACACACUGAAAAAAUUAUUAAUUCAUGAGACAGAUAACAGAAAUCACACAAAGCUCAUUAUGGAGGAUGAUGGCACCCAGGGGCACCAGCGGGGCACAAAGGUUUGUACGCUGUCGGUGCCCCGAGGUGGCAUGUUAGUUGCAUAUAAAGGGUCAAGGAUGUACAUAUGUAAUGAGUUCAGACAUUAUUUGACGGUUCUGUGUAAUUCGUUCUGUGGCUAGACGUAUUCCCAAAUCUCACAAUAGCUGCAUGAAAUCAGCUCAUAUGCAUACUAAUGUAACACAUGAUCUAAGAUGACACCUAAAUAAAUGAUACAGUGCUGCAGUG